AGAGCCUGCGCGCUCGCGCCCCGCGCGCCCCGCGCUCCCCGCGCUCCCCGCGCCCUUCGCGCGCCCCGGCCGGCGGGGGUUUCUUUCCCCCAACGCGCCCUCCGCGCCCCGCUGUCAUGUCUCCGGGCCCGGCCCGGCGGGGGGGCGCGGCCCAGGCCCCGGCGCCCGCGGCGAGCGACCGCCAGGGGCCAUGAUCCGGCUCGGCGGCUGGUGUGCGCGGCGGCCCCGCGGCGCGGCGUUCCCGGCGGGGCGGCGCUGGGGGGCGGGCUGGCCGGCGGGCCGGGCGUGCGGCGGCGCCCUGCGGGUGCUGGUGGACAUGGACGGCGUGCUGGCCGACUUCGAGGGCGGCUUCCUCAGGAAGUUCCGCGCGCGCUUCCCCGACCAGCCAUUCAUCGCGCUGGAGGACCGGCGCGGCUUCUGGCUGUCCGAGCAGUACGGCCUCCUGCAGCCCGGCCUGAGCGAGAAGGCCAUUAGCAUAUGGGAAUCAGAAAAUUUCUUUCUUGACCUGGAGCCUCUGCCGGGGGCUGUGGAAGCUGUGAAGCAGAUGGCCAACCUAGAAAACACUGAUGUCUUCAUCUGCACGAGCCCCACAAAGAUGUACAAGUACUGUCCCUACGAGAAGUAUGCCUGGGUGGAGAAGCACUUUGGCUCUGACUUUCUGGAUCACAUUGUGCUGGCCACAGACAAGACCGUGGUCUCUGCCGACCUUCUCAUAGACGACAGGCCAGACAUCACAGGCAAGUGGCCUACGGCAGGGGCCGAGCCAAACCCCAGCUGGGAGCACAUCCUCUUCACGGCCUGUCACAAUCGGCACGUGCAGCUGCAGCCCCCCGGCCGCAGGCUGCACUCGUGGGCGGACGACUGGAAGGCCAUCCUGGACAGCAAGCGGCCCCACUGAGCUGGACUGUGCUCUGGGCUCCGCCGCGGGGCCCCUGACCUCAGGGCUCCCAGCUCAGCGCCCCCCUGGGGCGGGGUGGGGGUCCCUCUCACAUGGCCCGGGCCCACUGCAUGUCUCCCCGCUCUCCCCAGCCCUGCCAGGCCUUAAACUGAUCUUGGGGCAGGGCUGGCCCAAGGGCCCUGGACAAGACACGUCCGGCCAGGCGGUGCAGGCCGACCUCGGGCCAGGGCCAGGCUGCACGGGGCUAAAGGGGCUCCAGACCAGAGGAGCCGAGGGCCAGCAGUCCUGCCCCCAUCCCUCAGGGAAGUCCCCCCCCAGAUCGUGUCCGCAGCCCCUCGGCCAUGGUGCUGGCAGUGAGGUGUUGGCGGGGUGAGAGGGCUACGAGCAGGAGCAGGUGGGACGAGCCCUCACAGUCUGGGCCGCAGCCCCUCCCUCCCCUCCCCUUCCGCAGGGGCCCCGCUCCCCCCACCCCCGCCCGGGGGCCCACCGUGGAUUCAGCAAACACUCCCCGAGUGCCAGGGUACGCCAGGCUCUGUGCUGGGGGCUCCGCACGCCGCCCUGCCUUGGACCGGCCGAGAGGUCUCACGCACCCCUGUCCCUGGGGCCCCGCUCAGGGCCCAGCAGUCAGCAGCCUUGAACAUUUGUUGAAGGCCGGCCAAAUAAAUGCGGUUCACGUGUCGCCCGA